AUGGCGUCGCGCAGAGAUUUUUUGAAUCAGCAGGCGCCUGAAAACUAUGUAGCCGGCCUCGGUCGCGGCGCAACCGGAUUCACCACACGCUCGGAUCUUGGACCAGCGAGAGAAGGUCCUACACCUGAACAGAUACAGGAAGCACUCGCCAAAAGAGCGCAACAACUUGGUGCCGCGCCUCCAACAGCAUAUGGUGCUCCUGAUAAGAAGAAAGAAGACGAACACGAUGACGAUGAUGAGCGGUUUCAGGAUCCGGAAAACGAGGUCGGCUUAUUCGCGUACGGUACGUACGACAGGGACGACGAUGAAGCUGAUAGGAUAUACCAAGAUGUGGACGAGAAGAUGGAUAGGCGGCGUAAGAUGAGGAGGUUAGUUUCCCCUAAUCCCGUUCCACACCCCUCAUGCCCCUUUGGCAAAACCAAUGGUUUAUCUUUCCCCUCUUUUGAAGUACAGAUUGCCGACUUGAACCUUCUCGAUACCCACAGGGAAGCACGAGAGAAGCUAGAACGAGAGGAAUACGAGCGCAACAAUCCGAAGAUACAACAACAAUUCGCCGACCUAAAACGAUCAUUAGCGACAGUAUCAGAUGGUGACUGGGCAAAUAUACCCGAAGUAGGAGAUCUUACAGGAAAGAAUCGAAGGGCCAAACAAAAUCUACGGCAGAGGUUCUACGCUGUACCAGACUCUGUGAUCGCUGGUGCAAGAGAUGCCACGCAGUUUGAGACAAGCAUACAGGACGACGGUACUCAGACCAACGGCUCGAGCAAAGACCAGGCAGAUGGCACAAUGACCAAUUUUGCAGAAAUUGGUGCUGCUCGUGACAAGGUGCUACGGGUUAAGCUGGAUCAGGCCGCUCAGGGGACCUCCACUGAUGCAGGUACUGGUAUUGCUACAAACAUUGAUCCUAAAGGCUACCUUACAAGUCUGUCGCAGACAGAAUUGAAGGCGGGCGAGGUUGAAAUUGGCGAUAUCAAACGAGUAAGGGCCUUGCUCGAAUCAGUCAUCAAGACCAAUCCAAAGCAUGCACCGGGUUGGAUCGCAAUUGCUCGUCUGGAAGAAAUAGCAGGCAAGAUUGUAUCAGCACGAAAGUUUAUUGCUCAAGGAUGCGAGCAAUGCCCCAAGAGUGAAGACGCCUGGCUUGAGAACAUUAGGCUCAACGACAAUCACAAUGCCAAAAUCAUCGCCGCAAACGCCAUCAAGAAUAAUGACCGAUCAACCCGAUUAUGGAUCGAAGCCAUGAAGCUGGAGGCUGAUGCCAGGGCCAAGAAAAGAGUUCUGCGGCAGGCUAUCGAUCACAUUCCGCAGUCCGUUGCUAUCUGGAAAGAAGCUGUGAAUCUUGAAGAGGACCCGGCAGAUGCACGCUUGCUACUUGCAAAAGCUACCGACAUAAUACCUCUGUCCGUGGAGCUUUGGCUUGCACUAGCGAGGCUGGAGACGCCUGAAAAGGCCCAAGCAGUUCUGAAUAAGGCGCGAAAAGCAGUCCCUACUAGUCACGAAAUUUGGGUUGCAGCUGCUCGACUGCAGGAACAGAUGGGUAAUGACAAAAUCAACGUCAUGAAACGUGCCGUGCAAGCACUGGCCAAGGAGUCAGCCAUGCUCAAGCGUGAAGAAUGGAUAGCCGAAGCCGAGAAAUGCGAAGAAGAGGGGGCCAUAUUGACUUGUGGUGCCAUCAUUCGAGAAAAUUUAGGUUGGACAUUGGAUGAAGAUGAUGAUCGGGUCAAGAUCUGGAUGGACGAUGCAAAGCAGAGCAUUGGGCAUGGUAAGUACGAGACAGCAAGAGCAAUGUAUGCAUAUGCAUUACGAGUAUUUCCGACCAAGAAAGACAUCUGGCUUGCUGCUGCCGACCUGGAACAGAAUCAUGGGACGAAAGAAGCCCUGUGGCAGCUUCUGGAAAAGGCUGUCGAGGCGUGCCCUCAGAGCGAGACGUUAUGGAUGCAGUUUGCAAAGGAGAAGUGGCAAGCUGGGGAGAUUGACAGUGCGCGCAGAAUUCUCGCCCAAGCUUUCAAACAAAACAUCGACAACGAGAACAUUUUCCUUGCUGCGGCAAAGCUGGAGACGGAUGCGAAACAAAUCGAAGCGGCGCGCCAAGUGCUAUCGACGGCUCGUGAAGAAGCCGGUACAGACCGAAUAUGGAUCAAGAGCGUUGCUUUUGAACGGCAGUACGGUACAAACGAGCGCGCGUUAGAUCUCGUGAAUCAAGGUCUCCAAAUAUACCCUAAAGCGGCAAAGCUGUGGAUGAUGAAAGGACAGAUUUACGAAAGUCAGGGUCAGGUGCCACAAGCGCGUCAAACAUACAGCACAGGACUGCGAGCAUGUCCCAAAUCGGUUCCGCUUCGAUUGUUAGCAGCUCGCCUUGAAGAGAGAUCUGGGGUCAUUGUCAAAGCCAGGUCGAUACUGGACCAAGGGCGACUCGCUGUGCCCAAGAAUGCCGAGCUAUGGACCGAGAGCGUGCGGGUCGAAAGACGUGCAAACAACAUUGCGCAGGCAAAAGUACUAAUGGCGAAGGCGCUUCAAGAUGUGCCUAACUCAGGGCUGCUUUGGAGUGAGAAUAUAUGGAACCUGGAAUCGCGGACGCAGAGAAAGCCAAGAAGCUUAGAGGCGAUCAAGAAGGUCGACAACGAUCCAAUAUUGUUUGUCACAGUUGCGCGGAUAUUCUGGGGUGAGAGAAAGCUGGAUAAAGCUAUGUCGUGGUUCGAGAAAGCUAUUGUGCUCGACAGCGCUCUGGGUGAUACUUGGGGCUGGUACUACAAAUUCCUGCUGCAGCAUGGGACAGAAGAGAAGCGGGAAGACGUGAUAGCCAAGUGUGUAGUGAGUGCACCAAGGCAUGGAGAGGUCUGGCAAAGUGUUGCCAAAGAUCCCCAGAAUGCUGACCUUGGUACGGAAGAGGUCUUGAAGCUGGUGGUUGCUAAGCUUGAAUGA